AUGAAUGAAAUUAAUUAUACACCGCCGAGCAUGAGCCGGCAUGAAGAACAGUUCGUAGAACAUGAAGAGAGUGGAAUAAAAACAAAAACAAAAACAAAAGAGAAGAUAACGCCAAUUACUUCGUUUAAAGGGCAAUUAAUUACACAGAAAAUACUGGAGAACAUGGAGAAGAACAAUAUAACAACUCCUUCAAUUGUUCAGAAGUAUGUUGUGCCAUUAGGAAUGCACGGGAAGGACUUGUUAAUAUCUGCUCCCACGGGCAUGGGAAAGACAAUUUCAUUCCUUGUUCCAACCAUAAAUUUUCUGAACUCAGUGAAUGCCACAGAGAGGAAAGUGCGUGGAUAUGCAGAUAGGGGCAGUUUAUUUAAAUCAUCAAGAAAGACCGUGAGUGCACUAGUUCUAGCCCCAACGCGAGAGUUAGCUAUGCAGAUACAUGCUGAAGCAUGCAUUCUUUCUGAAGGGAUGUCAAUUUCAUCUGCCUGUAUAUAUGGUGGAGUUGAGAAGAAAGGCCAGGCAUCGUCAUUGUCAAAGGGCGUGGACUUACUAAUCGGUACUCCUGGCAGAAUUCAGGAUUUUGUGUUUGAUCAGUAUCACCCACUGAAUCUUAAGAAUGUGCAGGUGUUGAUAUUUGAUGAGGCUGAUAGAAUGCUUGACAUGGGGUUCGAGAAGCAGAUUAGAUCUAUUCUUGGCGCACUCAGUCCAAAUAAGAGAAGACAGACAAUGAUGUUCUCCGCUACUUUCCCUCCUGCAGUGCAGAGGCUAGCCAAGGAGUUCUUCCAGAACACACCAGAAGAAGUUCACGUGGGUAAUGGGCCAAUAGAGAGCAUUACACAGGAGAUAAUUUAUAUAGAAGAGCCAAACAAGAGGCAGGCAAAGAGAAAUGAGAAGUUAAUGAAAAUUCUGCUGGAGUACGGGUAUAAGCCAAGCGCAGCCAUAGAGAAGAAAGCAUUUGUACAGGCUAAAUAUACGGUGCCUGUUCUGCAGUGGGGAGACAAGCACAAAGACACAAGCAAGAAAGUACAUGACUCACCCGGACAGAAGGGCGACGGGUAUGAACUGCCAAAGAUAGUUAUAUUCGUUGAGAAGAAGGACGACUGCGCUGUGCUCUCAGACUAUUUACACGGAAAUGGAAUUAACUGUACUACUCUGCACGGAGACAAAACACAGAUGGAGAGAGAGCACGCACUUAAGGAGUUUAAAGGAGACGUCCCCAUUCUUAUUGCUACUUCUAUUGCUGCGCGUGGCCUGGAUGUUCCUGGAAUUGCGCUAGUAUUAAACUACAUGAUGCCAAAUGAUGUAAAGGAGUACAUACACAGAAUAGGAAGAACCGGCAGGGCGGGGAAGACCGGCCGCUCAAUCACUUUCUUUGCUAGGGACGACCAUGCACAGGCAGCACCUCUCAUUGAAAUAUUAAAAAAGGCCAAGCAGGAGGUGCCGGCAUUUUUGCAUGAUAUUGGACAAAUGAAAUCUCCAAAGUCCCACCGCGGAAACAGUUCUCGGCAGCCCCCAUCUUUUAAGAAGAGAGAAGAAGGCGGACAGCACUUCUACGAAACACAGGAAAUCAAGCAUAAGACAGCACCUGCAUUAAACGAGAAGAUAAAAAUACAGAAGAACCUUGACUGGGAUUAAUUGUUGCAUGGUUAAAUAUUUAGACUAGAAGGAGAAUUAAUAAUGCAAUAGUAAAAAUAAAAACAUUACGCU